UACGUGGCUAGUGGCGUGGAUGAGGCGGUAGUUGGAUAUGUAUCGGCGACGGCGGGAGGCGGCACACACAAAAAAGGUGGCAGCGUGGUGGGAGGCAGCGGCGCUGCAGCGAAAAGGAAGGGGUGACGAUGAUGGAGAAGGGGCGGCGGCGACUGGAGGAGAGAACGACGUCAGAAAAGGGGCGACGACGACGGAGGAGAAACGCGACAUCACUGGUAAAGGGAUGCCGGAGGAGACGACGCGGAGAAAGGCGACGGCACAAGAAAGAGGGACGAUAGGGAGACGAACGACGACGAAGACUGGAGGAGGAAAGCUUGAGUACGACGACGACGAACAUCGGAGGAGAACGACCAAUGGCGGAGGAGAACUAGAGAGAGGAAGAAAAGCUAAUUCGUUUAGAUCUAUAAUAAAGGUUGGAGGUAAGCGAGUGGGAAUUGUGGGUUUGGGGAGCAUUGGCUUAAGGGUUAGCAAAAGACUUGAGGCCCUUGGUUGCACCAUUGCCUACACCUCAAAGAAGGUCAAACCACAUAUCCCCUUUUCCUUCCAUCCAAAUAUAACCGAUCUUGCCACCGCGUGCGAUGCCUUGGUCCUCUGUUGCGCGCUAACGCAAGAAACCAACCACAUUGUGGACAAGAAGGUCAUGUUGGCACUGGGAAAGGGCGGGAUCAUCAUAAACAUCGGGCGAGGGGCUCUGAUCGACGAAAAGGAAAUGGUGGAUUUGUUGGCGAGGGGCGAGCUUGGAGGCGCGGGUCUUGAUGUCUUUGAGAAUGAACCAAAUGUGCCUAGGGAGCUAGUUGGAUUGGACAAUGUUGUCUUGUCUUCCCAUGUCUCAUAUGCAACCCAUGAUGCCAUGUUUGCACUUCAAGAGUUGGUUGCCAACAACAUAGAUUCCUUCUUCUCAAAUAACAAAGCGUUGCAGGCAGAAAUUGGUGGUAUUGAAUAAGAAAUAAUAACAUAAAAUUGGUUCAUUACACAUUUUUUAGCUGUGUUUUGGAUGCAUUUCAACCUAUAAUGAAGUUGUAAUGUGGUC